AUGCGUUCAUCCCAGUCCGCUCCGGCGCUCGUUGCGCUUCUCUUUGCGGCCGCAGCCUCGGCCCUAUCGCCGGCGAGACUGCAUUGCCUUCGGUCACGGAAUCUCGAGCUGGCUAGAUUGGCGGCCUGCGGCGAACCUGGAUCCGUGGCUCACUGCAUAGAGAUGCUCACAGACGACUUUACACAGACUGAUCUGGAGAGAUGCUACAUCAAUGCUGGUUGCGACUUUGCCGAAGCCGUGAUUGAGUCGCAGUGGACUCUGGACAGGUGUGACAACAGCGGCAGCGCCCCUGCGGAACUGCGCAAACGCCAUGUCACUGUCUUCGCGCGUCAGACUACAGAGGCGACUGCGGCAACCGCUGAGACGGCCACGGGUACAGCCACCGGCACGGCAACCUAUUCCAAGCUCACGUGCUCAACGACGACAACCAAGGCGACCACGCAAUGCCCCGUUGUCUCGACUGGCGUGCAGAAGGGCAAGACUCUCAAGGAAGGCUGCUUCCCGACACAGGUGGUGUACGGAACAUGCGCGGCGGGUCUGCUUUGCAAGAACGAUAACUCGGGCAACCCUUCGUGCAAGGUGCUGGACAACACUGUCUACCCUGGCGGCAUCGCUGUGGCGCUCUUUUUCGCCGUGGCCAUCACGGGUUCCAUUGCGUGGAUCACUUUCCUAUGCUGCAAGGAGAGGAAGCAGAAGAAACGCAACGCGGCGAGAGCGCAGGCCGUUAUGGAUGCGAAGAUGGCGGCCAAGCGACAGCCAGCUGUGCAAGUUCACGAUUCGGACAACCAGCCUCUCAUGUCGUAUGGGCAACCGGCUGCUGCGUAUGAAGCGCACGGUCCAUUUGGUGACCAAAACCGGAUGUAA